AAAUAAACAGACCUCUAGUCUGUCCCAGUUGGGUUCAGUUCAGUUCAGUGCAGUUCUUGUGCAGUUUUAGUGUAGCGUAAACGAACAAACCUAUGAAGAAUAUUCUCGUGUCGGCUAUUACUGUGCAAUCGUAUGUAUGCAGCAUUCUACGAUGAUAAGGAAAUGAUAAGGAGAUGCGAUUAAUCUAAAAAUAUAUUUUUUUUCCUGCUUAUCGAUGUUCCUCCCACGAAGAACAAAAAAAAAAUUCAAUGAUACAGUCGUGAUAUAAGUCCUUUCUUUCCGAGCCUUUAGCAUUUAUCGAUUGUCACACGGAACUUUACGGCACGGUAAGUACCAUCGCCGGUUAUAUUUUAAACAUUUCGGAACACUAACGAACAAUUGAAAGGAAAGGAGAGGAAAGGAGGUUAUUCUAGCACUGCCUCCAAAAAAAAAAAAGUCAAAUAUAUAUCAAUCACGUAUAUAGGAAUACAAGAAUACGACAUAACCACUUUCAUAGUUAAGUGGUUUCACGUUUUCUAACAAUUAGCGGAAAUUUAAAAAUCAACGAAAAUGUUGCGAUAUUUGACGUAUGGAAAGAAACAUAUGAGCUUUCUGAAGCAGUGCUCGGCGGUUCAAUACGUAAAUCCGUCCAGAAAGCAGAGUUCAAAUGACAAAGACGAUAAUAGCACAGCAAAAUAUAGAAAUUUUGUAGACACUACUCCUCCAAGAGUAAGAAUAUUGAAGAGUCUAAAACGAGAGUGGACAUUGCUGAAGAAAGUAUUAUCAAAUGACAGAGAACUAUCUGACUUUGAACGUUUCUGGAAUAGAAAUGACAUCAUUCCUUAUCAGUGUGAUGUACUCAUUAUUGGUGGUGGUGCAAUAGGAAGUUCAAUAGCUUAUUGGUUAAAGAAAAUAAUGUACAGAGAUGAAUUUAAAGUUGGCGUAAUUGAGAAAGAUCCUACAUAUGCUAAGGCUUCUACAAGUCUUUCUAUAGGCGGUCUACGCCAACAAUUUUCUCUCGAAGAAAAUAUUCAAAUGUCACUGUAUGGAGCAGAAUUUCUGCAUAAUAUUAAUGAAUAUCUGAGUAUACCUGAAGCACCACCUAUCGAUGUGAACUUUCAUCCUUAUGGCUAUUUAAUAUUGGCAACCGAGGAAAAUGCUGAAACUUUAGUGAACAAUUCCAAACUACAAAAUUCUCUUGGAGCCAAAAAUGUGAUCUACACUCGGGAGAAAUUGAAACGCAUGUUUCCUUGGUUGAACACCGACGGGGUCGCAGCAGGUUGUCUUGGUUUGGAAAAGGAAGGAUGGUUUGAUCCAUGGUCUCUAUUGUGCGCCUUAAAGAAUAAGGCUACUCACUUGGGUGCUCAUUACGUCGACGGUGAAGUUAAGGCCUUCCAGAAUAGGACAAUUCCCGCAGUUUACGACGAAAAUAUGGAUCCCAUACAAAGAUUAGAUCAAGUAGUUAUAGUAACAAAUGAUGGUGAAAUUAGGAAGAUACAGUUUAGCAUAUGUGUUAUUGCUGCAGGCGCGUUUAGCGGCGAUAUAGCCGAAAUGGCCGAUAUUGGAAAAGGUGAAGGAAUAAUGUCUAUACCUUUACCGGUUGUACCAAGGAAAAGAUAUGUAUAUUGUUUCCAUAGUCCCAAUGGACCUGGUUUAAAUACACCUUUAACGAUUGAUACCACUGGUGCAUAUUUCAGGCGGGAUGGUCUAGGAGGUAAUUUCAUUGGUGGUAAAUCACCAGAAUUACACGAGGAACCGUCAGUGGAUAAUUUAGAUGUCGAUCAUGAAUAUUUUGAUAACAAAAUAUGGCCAUUACUCACCCACAGAAUACCGUCAUUCGAAAACUUGAAGGUUAAGUCUUCGUGGGCUGGAUACUACGAAUACAAUACCUUCGACGAAAACGGUAUUAUCGGUCGUCACCCUUUUCACAAGAAUGUAAUAAUAGCGACUGGUUUCAGCGGACACGGUAUUCAGAAGGCACCAGCAGUAGGACGCGCAGUAGCAGAGUUGAUCCUUUAUGGUCGUUAUGUCAGUAUAGAUCUGUCCAAACUAGGCUUCCACAGAUUCCUAACAGCGGAACCUAUGAGGGAAGCUAACGUAUUUUAAGACGCCAAAGGAUAAAGUGAUGUUUUGUAUUUGAUUGUGUGUUAUCAAUCAUUGUACAUUUGUAAAUAUAAUUCAUGUACGAAAACUAAUAAUAA